AUGGUCCUGAGUCUUCUGGCCGUGACAAGCCUGGUGGCUACCGUAAUGGGGCGUCAGGUCUCCGUCUCGGUUGACGCCUCCUUCAGUCUGGGCACUUGGACUCCUAUCCACCGCUUCUACGGUUGCGAUGAGCCCAACUACGCCUACUACCCUCAUGGUUCUGCACUUCUCAAAGAGCUUGGUGACCUUGGCAAGGAUCAAACCUUUUUCCGGACUCAUAACCUCCUAACGACUGGCGAGCCCGGCCUCGUCGGCGUUCCAGGCCUGAAGUGGGGAAGCACCAACGCUUACACGUUGGAUGACAACGGUAAUCCCAUCUAUAACUUCACCAUUAUCGACGAGAUCUUUGACCACUACCUGGCUGCCAACGUCAAGCCAUAUCUUGAGCUUGGUUUCUCUCCUAAAGCGCUGGCAGUCGACCCUAACCCCUACUUCUUCAACUUCAACCCUGCUUCUGGUCCCGACAGUAUCUACACCGGAUGGUCGCAUCCCCCUAAAAGCUAUGAGCGCUGGGGUGAACUGAUAUACAAGCUAGUCAAGCACCUUGUCGGUCGCUAUGGCGCGAACGAGGUCAAUAAAUGGUACUUCGAGGUUUGGAACGAGCCAAAUAUUCAAUGUACGUUUGUGUGGCAAGUCCUCUCUCUUCCCUUCUCUAUCCCCAUGAACCAGUCAAGUGGGCCUACUGACCCGAGAACAGACUGGAACGGCACGACCCAGGGAUUCUACAAGCUUCACGAUUAUGCAGUCAACUCGGUCCUCAAAGCUCUGCCCACCGCUCGCAUCGGUGGCCCCGAGGUUGCUGGUGGUGCUGCCGGAUCCUAUCUCAGCGACUUCCUUGAGCAUUGCGCUAACGGCACCAAUUAUGCAACCGGCAGCAAGGGAACGGCCCUUGAUUUCGUCUCAUUCCACGCCAAAGGCUCGCCUCUCUUCAUCAAUCUCACCGGCAGUGACGGCUAUAUCCAGAUGAACAUGUCUCCCCAGCUGCAACAGAUCGACGAGGCCUUCGGCGUCGUUGCAUCCUUCCCUCAAUACAAAGCCAAGCCCAUCUUCAUGAGCGAAUAUGAUCCCGACGGCUGUGCGGCGUGCACUUCGGCCGCCUAUGGUUACCGGAACGGCCUUCUUUACGGCGCCUACUCCGCCGCAUCCUUCACCCGCGCCAUGGACCUGGCUGCCAGUCGUGGCGUCAAUCUCCAGGGAGCGCUGACCUGGGCCUUUGAGUAUGAGAAGAACGCUAUUCUACCCAAUGAGACGGGCUACUUCGACGGCUUUCGGGUAUUGAGCACCCAGGGCAUCGACAAGCCGGUUCUCAACUUCCACCGCAUGUGGAGUAUGCUGAGCGGCGACCGCAUCAAGGCCGAGAGCUCUGGGCAGGUCCCUCUGGACGUGGUGCUCAAGGACGGCAUCAAGGGCAAACGGACCGACGUCGGCUCCCUCGCCACUUUUGACAAGGAUGCGCAGGCGCUCUAUGUGUUUGUGUGGCACUACCACGACAACAAUCUGAACUUCCCCGAUGCCAAGGUCUCUGUGGAUGUCGAGGGUCUCCCUGCCAACUUCGCGAACAACAACCAGGGCAAGGUGACAGCAACCCACUACCGCGUGGAUGACGACCACAGCAAUUCUUACGCCAAGUGGGUCUCCAUGGGCUCUCCCCAGAAACCGACUUCAAAGCAGUACAACGAGUUAGUCAAAGCCGGCAAGCUCAUGACGCUCGGUGCCCCCAAGUCCAUGAACGUGUCGAAGAAAGGCAAGCUGUCUGUCGAUUUUUCGCUGCCCAUCCGAGCCCUGUCGCUGCUCGUGUUCGAGAAGAGCUCUGAUUCCUAG